AUGCCUGAAGAACAGCAGGGCAUCCGCAGCUUUUUCUCACAAGUUCUCCGGCCCAAGAAAUCCCGCCAAGUGCUGCGCAAAAAGAGCUUUAGCGCCUCAUCGACCAACCUCUCCACCACCACCACCUUGACCAAAGACGACAAUAUCCCUCCUGUUCCCUCGUUGGCCCCUCUUGCCGCCCAUAAUGUCAAAUAUCGCCCAGUUCACGCCCAGCAGGAUACCCAGUUAGGCGAGGCACACGAUCAUACGGCCGUCAUCCAUGCCAUUGGCGUACAGAAUUUCGACACUGACAGCGAUGGGGAUGCCCUCUUUGUUCGCGACAACCGGCCACCUGGCGAGCCCCUCAUCGCUAGCCUGGCCGAAGACCUAUGGGUUUUAAUCUCCGAGUACCUUUCUCCUACAGACGCCGCCCAGCUCGCCUUCGCUAGUAGAACUCUCUACAACCGUCUCGGCCCGUAUCCCUGGCGCACCCUCAGCCAGCCCGAGCAUACCGAUGACCGAGCGGAUUUCCUUGUCUCCCAGGACAAGUUCUACCCCCACCAUCUCCUCUGUUUCCCCUGCGGCCAAUUUCACCGUCGGACCCAAGAAGGCCACGAGACUCUACAGCCUGCAAACGUCCUAAACCCGCUCUUCGACUGCCCCAAUGCCCGCAACAACCUUCGCCCUCAUCCGCGCCACCGUAUUACCCAUGGGCGCAAUAUCCCUUUCGCCUUCGUCCAGCUAGCUACCCGGCCAAUUCGUUUCAAAUCCCCUAUAUACGGUCUUUCGGACCCUACAUCCCUUGGUCGCCGAUGGCGCCGCGACGGCUGGUCUCACCAAUCUCGCUUCCUCGCUCACCACGGCCGCCUCCUCAUGCGAGUGACGUCGUCCACGUUCGCCGAACCGGGACUCCCACCCUCUUCGCAACGGCUUCUCCUGUACUCCCGCGAUGACUACUGGCCUUACUUCUCCGCCUGCGCCCACUGGCGGGACGGAGACCUCAUGUCCGCCACAAAAUGCGCCCUCAAGCACAUCCCGGUUUCCCGCCGCACAGAGGGUCUCCAGGGCCUCGAACACCGCGCUAAGGACUUGUACCACAGCCACACGUACGAUCCGAAUGCUAUGGCCACUCUAUGCAGCCACUGCCGCCCCAUGCGCCGCUGCCCCGACUGUCCAUCGGAAUACCUGAUUGAAGUCAAACUCACCGAGCAGCGCGAAGCAGGCGCAAAAUCACGGUUCAAACACGCCAUUGUCAUUACGCGCUGGUGCGAUCUCGGCGAUGGGACCAGUCCGCGGUUAUCCAAGGAGUGGGCGGCUUGUAACGGGCAACUGCAGGGGUAUGACUCUUUCAAGGUGCUGGGGAAGCGAGCAAUAUCCGGGACCUUUGAAUCAGCGUUCACGGAUGAUACAAUCCCGGGUCAGAGGAUUAUCUCUAUGAAUCCAACGGGGAAGAGACUUGGAGAGGAGGGUACUACUUGGUAUUGA